GGACAGGAAGUGUUGUUUAAGUGCGGGUUUACUCCUGUUCAUUUAUAGUUGUCGCUUAUUGGAAAUUGAAUUUUAAGGUUUUUACUUCGUCACAAAAUUGAAUUUCUUCUUUUAUGUGAGCACAGAUAAGCUAUAAUGAAAGUGACUCUGUCGUUAGCUGGUCGGUGUAGGUGCGGUUCAGUAAUGCGGAAUCGAUACGGAGCGACUCAAUAACUCGACUUAGUGAAACUUUGCUUUAUUUCAUAUAAAGAUGGAUUUUCAUUGAACCCCAUCGAAAUGAAAGCACAGUUUCUCCUUUAUUUCAUAUCAAUAACGCUAAGCCUGCAGAAGCAAGGUACGUUUGGUGAUGAUACAGAUGAAGUGAUAUCAGUGUCAGUGAUGGAGGGAGAAAAUAUCACUCUAUACACUGAUCUUUCCGAAUUACAGAAAGAUGAUCUGAUACUGUGGAGUUUUGGAGAUAAAGGCACUCAAAUAGCAGAACUAAACAGAUCAGCUAAAAACAUCACUCUGUCUAAAAAUAACGGAAGGUUUAUAAACAGGCUAAAGUUGAACCAGCAGACCGGAUCCCUAGUCAUCACAAACAUCAAAACCACAGACUCGGGCCUCUACAAAGCACAAAUCAUUGGAAAUAAGGUGUCCAAAAAAACCUUCAAUGUUAUUGUUAUAGCUCAUCUCCCUGUUCCUGUCAUCGUCAGUUACUGUCCACAGAAUCCUCCAUCAUCAGAAAGAUCUUCAGUCUCAAAAUGUGUGUUGUUGUGUUCAGUGAUGAAUGUGACACAUGUGUGUCUCUCCUGGUACAAAGGAAAGAGUUUAUUGUCCAGCAUCAGUGUGUCUGAUCUCAACAUCAGACUCUCUCUACCUCUGGAGGUGGAAUAUCAGGAUACAAACACAUACAGAUGUGUCAUCAACAAUCCCAUCACAAACCACACACAACAUCUCAACAUCACUCAACUCUGUCAGCCGUGUUCUGGUGAUUGUGUCGACAACUAUGAUACAUCAGAAGCUGUGAUCCGACUGGUCGUCUCUGCUCUGAUGGGCAUGGCUGCUGUAGCUGCUUCUGUUGUUCUGAUAUAUGACAUCAAAUCAAGAAGAGCUGAAGAAAACAAAAAAGAUCAGACAUCAGUCAAACAAUGAGUGAGUUUAUUUGCAAAAACUCAGUAAAAAAGAACAUGUUUUAAUCAUGUUAUCAUUUUUGCAUUGUGUUUUAAUCAUGUUAUCAUGUUUGCAUCUGAGUUAUUAUUACUUAAUAAAAACAACCAUAUGCUGCCGUUUGAUUGAUAUUACUUGGAAUGCACAAUUAAACCCAUUUUUUUUGCAAAUGAA